AGCAGAGGCGACUGAGAGGGGACGGUGGCAGGACUCGGCACAGGGCCCUCAGUUGCCCUCGGUGGUGUGUUGGUCCUGGGGGUGGCAGUCAGCCCAGCUCAGGAGGCCCACACCGCCAUGGUGCCCGCCUGGAACCAUGGCAACAUCACUCGCUCCAAGGCGGAGGAGCUGCUCUCCAGGGCGGGCAAGGACGGGAGCUUCCUCGUGCGUGCCAGCGAGUCCAUCCCCCGGGCCUUUGCACUCUGUGUACUGUAUCGGAACUGUGUUUACACCUACAGAAUUUUGCCCAACGAAGACGACAAAUUCACUGUGCAGGCCUCGGAGGGCGUCCCCAUGAGACUCUUCGCUAAGCUGGACCAGCUCAUCGAGUUCUACAAGAAGGAGAACAUGGGGCUGGUGACCCACCUGCAGUACCCAGUGCCCCUGGAGGAGGAGGACGCGGUCGACGAGCCAGAGGAGGAUGCGGAAAGUGUCCUGUCUCCACCCGAGUUGCCACCGAGAAACAUCCCACUCUCUGGCGGGCCUUGUGAGGCCAAGGAGCUACCUCUUCCGGCUGAGAACCCCAGAGCGGCCGAGGCCAGCCGGCCAAGCCUCUCCGAGACACUGUUUCAGCGGCUGCAGAGCAUGGACACCAGCGGGCUUCCCGAAGAGCAUCUGAAAGCCAUCCAAGAUUACCUGAGCACCCAGCUCGCCCUGGACUCUGAGUUUGUGAAGACGGGCUCCAACAGCCUCCCCCACCUGAAGAAACUGACCUCACUGCUCUGCAAGGAUCUCUAUGGGGAAGUUGUCCGGACUCUCCCAUCGCUGGAAUCUCUGCAUAAGUUAUUUGACCAGCAGCUGUCCCCUGGCCUCCGUUCUCGUCCUCAGGUGCCUGGGGAGGCCAAUCCCGUCAACAUGGUGGCCAAGCUCAGCCAACUGACAAGUCUGCUGUCCUCCAUUGAAGAUAAGGUCAAGGCUCUGCUACAUGAGGGCCCCGAGUCUACCCAUCGGCGUUCCCUCAUCCCUCCAGUCACCUUUGAGGUGAAGUCGGAGUCUCUGGGGAUCUCUCAGAAAAUGCAGCUCAAGGUUGACGUUGAGUCCGGGAAACUGAUCAUUAAGAAGUCCAAGGAUGGUUCUGAGGACAAGUUCUACAGCCACAAGAAAAUCCUGCAGCUCAUCAAGUCACAGAAGUUCCUGAACAAGUUGGUGAUUUUGGUGGAAACAGAGAAGGAGAAGAUCCUGCGGAAGGAAUAUGUUUUUGCUGACUCCAAAAAGAGAGAAGGCUUCUGCCAGCUCCUGCAGCAGAUGAAGAACAAGCACUCGGAGCAGCCGGAACCUGACAUGAUCACCAUCUUCAUCGGCACCUGGAACAUGGGUAACGCCCCCCCUCCCAAGAAGAUCACGUCCUGGUUUCUCUCCAAGGGGCAGGGAAAGACGCGGGAUGACUCAGCCGACUACAUCCCUCAUGACAUCUACGUGAUCGGCACCCAGGAGGACCCCCUGGGGGAGAAGGAGUGGCUGGAGAUACUCAGGCACUCCCUGCAAGAGGUCACCAGCAUGACUUUUAAAACGGUCGCCAUCCACACGCUCUGGAACAUCCGCAUUGUGGUGUUGGCCAAGCCAGAGCACGAGAACCGGAUCAGCCACAUCUGCACUGACAACGUGAAGACGGGCAUCGCCAACACCCUAGGGAACAAGGGAGCCGUGGGGGUGUCAUUCAUGUUCAAUGGAACCUCAUUGGGGUUCGUUAAUAGCCACUUGACUUCUGGGAGUGAAAAGAAACUCAGGCGCAACCAAAACUACAUGAACAUUCUCCGCUUCCUGGCCCUGGGAGACAAGAAACUGAGUCCCUUUAACAUCACCCACCGCUUCACCCACCUCUUCUGGCUGGGCGAUCUCAACUACCGUGUGGAGCUGCCCACCUGGGAGGCAGAAACCAUCAUCCAGAAAAUCAAGCAGCAGCAGUACGCAGAUCUGCUGUCCCACGACCAGCUGCUCACGGAGAGGAGGGAGCAGAAGGUCUUCCUGCACUUCGAGGAGGAAGAGAUCACGUUCGCGCCCACCUACCGCUUUGAAAGACUGACUCGGGACAAAUAUGCGUACACCAAGCAGAAAGCGACAGGGAUGAAAUACAACUUGCCCUCCUGGUGUGACCGAGUCCUUUGGAAGUCUUACCCGCUGGUGCAUUUGGUGUGUCAGUCUUACGGCAGUACCAGCGACAUCAUGACAAGCGACCACAGCCCCGUCUUCGCCACAUUUGAGGCAGGGGUCACCUCCCAGUUUGUCUCCAAGAACGGUCCCGGGACUGUGGACAGCCAAGGGCAGAUCGAGUUCCUCGCAUGCUAUGCCACCCUGAAGACCAAGUCCCAAACCAAAUUCUACCUGGAAUUCCACUCGAGCUGUUUAGAGAGUUUUGUCAAGAGCCAGGAAGGAGAAAAUGAAGAGGGGAGCGAAGGGGAGCUGGUCGUGAGGUUUGGCGAGACCCUUCCCAAGCUGAAGCCCAUUAUCUCCGACCCUGAGUACCUGCUGGACCAGCACAUCCUGAUCAGCAUUAAGUCCUCUGACAGUGACGAGUCCUACGGCGAGGGCUGCAUUGCUCUUCGGCUGGAGGCCACAGAAACCCAGCUACCCAUCUAUACCCCUCUCACCCACCAUGGAGAGAUGACGGGCCACUUCCGGGGGGAGAUUAAGCUGCAGACCUCCCAAGGCAAGAAGAGGGAGAAGCUCUAUGACUUUGUGAAGACAGAGAGAGAUGAAUCCAGUGGGCCCAAGUGUUCCAAGAUCCUCACCAGCCAUGAUCCCAUGAAGCAGUGGGAGCCUGCCAGCAGAGCCCCUCCGUGCAGUGCCACCAAGCUCGUCAACCCCAGUUACAUGGGGGUGGGGCCCUUCGGGCAGCCCCUGCACGUGAAGCAGACCCUGUCCCCUGACCAGCAGCUGACCGCGUGGAGCUACGACCAGCUGCCCAAGGAUUCCUCCCUGGGGUCCGGGAGGGGCGAUAGUCCUCCAACCCCUCCCUCCCAGCCACCCUUAUCACCAAAGAAGUUUCCACCCUCCGUGGCCACCCGAGUGCCCUGCCCCAGGGCUCAGGAAUCAAGCUGCUGGCCCAGCGACCUGGGGAAGAGCCCGGCUGAGGCUCUGCCACCCGACGACUCGCAGCUGACAAAGCCGGAGAUGUUCGAGAACCCGCUGUACGGGUCUGUGAGUUCCUUCCCCAAGCUGGUUCCCAGGAAAGAGCAGGAGUCCCCCAAGAUGCUGCGGAAGGAGGCCGCAGUCUGCCUGGACCCUGGGGUCUCGUCGCCCAGCAUCUUGCUCACCAAAGCCCCGGAAGCCGAGGGCGGCAAGGGGACAGGCAAGCAGGCCCCCACGCCCCGGCUCCGCUCCUUUACCUGCUCAUCCUCCGCCGAGGGCAGGGCGACCGGCGGGGAUAAGAGCCAAGGGAAGCCCAAGGCCCCAGUGCCGGCCAAGAGGCCCGUCAAGCCUUCCAGGUCAGAAAUGAGCCAGCAGACGGCGCCCACCCUGGCCCCGCGGCCGCCCCUGCCCGUCAAGAGCCCUGCGGUCCUGCAGCUGCAGCACUCCAGGAGCCGAGACUACCGCGACAACACCGAGCUCCCCCACCACGGCAAGCACCAGCCCGAGGAGGGGCUGAUCAGCAGGACCGCCAUGCAGUGAAGCCCUUGGCAUUGCUGGCGACAGGAACCCAAAGGAGCAACACGAUGCCGGAAGCCACUCAGCUCUCAAAGCCUCUCCUGGGACCUCCUGCUGCUCCUACCUAGCUUCCUGUGCAGGGAUUUUUUGGGGGGUGGGGGAAGGGCCUCGCUGCCGUCUGGUCGGAGGAGCGUGCUGGCUGCCACCUGGGAGCAGGUGCUGAGGCUAGAAGGCAAGUUUGUACCAGACUUGGGCCCCAUCUCCUUCUAGGUAUUUGGAGCCCAGAACCUUGUUCUUAUCGCCCUUUCAAAGAAGGAAACUGAAGUGUGCUGACUCAAGGGUGGAAUUAUAAAUAAUAAUAAUAUUAAUAUUAAUAAUAAUAAUGGCCACGUGGGUGGAGCCCUCACCACGUGCUGCGCUAAGUGCUUUAUGAACAUGGUGUCAGGAUGACUCCAGAGUGGAGGCUCCAGCCAACUAGAACCACUGUGCAGACACCCAGUGCAGAACCGUGUGUCCUAAAGGGUUUGGACAAAGCAUUACGAAGGCCGGUGCCUCCAAGAGCGAGAAAGGGGCUUGGCUGUAGGGACCUGAAGAGUAUGAGUAGAUGAUUUGGGAUAUAAGGAGCCUGACCCUAUCCAGCUUCGGUGAUGUGAGCUGCUUCUGCAAAACCCAGGGUCCUAGCACAGCCCACUGGGAUGGCAGAAACUGGAAAAUCAGCUCCAACUGUCCAGUUGGAGAGAUCGGGCCUCAACCUUGGCUGGAGAUGUCAAGGCCCCUGUUGAGUCCAUGUGCCAAAUCUCUGUGACUGCUCAAGGUGGGCAGCCACCGCCAGGCCCUGGGUUAGGCUAUGUGCCCCAGCACUCUGUCAUGCUAAGGGACAAGUCUGCGCUUUGCUCCAAAGGCCGAGCUCUCCGGAAGUCAGCUGCCGGAGGGGGUGGACCACUCAGUCCCAGGCUCUCAGAUUAGUGCGUCCUCUUCCCCAACUCGGUGGCUUUCAGCCCUGUGUCCUUGGUUACUGGAAGAAUAGAUUGUAAAUGCCUUUUCUUGUAGCUUUUCCACAUAACAGAAUUAAUGUAGGAAACCAAAUCCAGAGUGUGUGCAAGCGCAGAAUCCGUAUGUGCCCCUACGCACCCAGGGGCACCAGUCUGUGUGACCAAUAAAUU